GACGAAAGUUUGAAAGUGGUGACGUUGAAGGAUAUACUGGAAAAAGAUCCAGCUAAGAAAGCAGUUAUAAUUAAGAAUUUGGAAGAGCUCUUGAAAGAUAUUGUGCCGAAAAGGCAACUGAAAUUGAGUUUAACACAUCGACUGCUCAACGAGUUCUUCGCGUAUUGUAAUGACGAGCAAAAAACGGAAAUGAUCGAUUCAUUGAAGGAGCGAAUACCGGAGAUUAUCCAUACCAAUGACGGUACACGGAUAGCAUUGCAGUGUAUUUGGGGAGGCACAGCCAAAGAGCGAAAGAUGAUUGUGAAGAAUUUCAAGUCGUUAGUGGUGAAGACGUGUUUGGAAGAGUUUGGACAUCGUGUGCUGAUCGGUAUUUUUGAUGCGGUUGACGAUACAGUCUUAGUGAACAAAUAUAUUGUUUCGAUUUCAAGAGAAUGUUCAUUCAAGGAAAUAGCCAACGAAGUGGGAACGGUGGCGUUGAAUAAGUUUGGUGAGCGUGUGCUGCAUUAUUUGAUCAAUCCACGUGACCCACGAUAUUUCGGUAAAGGAUCUAUUGAUAUCUUCAAAGAAGGUGAUAACAACGCACACAGUAAGAAGGAUGCAAAGGAGCGAUACGCACAGUUGUUUGGGGCAAUCGCGAAACCAUUGAUGACUUAUAUAAGUGCCAAUUUGAAUGAACUGUUGUUCGAUACGCUCACAGCACUGCUCGUGCUGAAUAUAUUGGAACCAUCGGAAAUCAAAUUGCGUGCAUCUGGUUUAGGUGAAACGGAUUUGUUCACGAGGACGAUCGAUGAUGAGGAUCGUCGUGAGUGUUACGAAGGUAUCGCGAAGCUGUGCGGUGAAGAAUUCAUACCGUGCGAUACAGAGCGAUUACAUGCCAUUGAACAUCCGAAUGCACACUUCGUCAUAUCGAAGCUGUUACAAGCUGACUCGAAAUUCGACGUGAAAUUGAGCGAUCACUUAAUGGGUUUGGGUGAGGCAACACUCUCGUCGUGGGUAAGUUCUGCAAUGCUGAUUGCUUUCUUUAUUGUUUCUUGUAAUCGUGGUUGUUUCAUAUUGUUGCACAUGUUCGAGAACGGCUCUGAGGAAGCGAAGAGCAUGUUGCAGAAGUGUAUUCCAUUGGCAACGUUGAAGAAUUAUUCGACGAAAGGGGCGCAAGCACUCUUGAAAAAGCUCUCGCCCAAGUAG